ACAGAGGGGUGGAUUUGGUUCAGCACACACCGGUCCCUUUCAUGCUGCUUAAGUACGACGUGUGAUCAAAUAGAUAUUCAGCAAGACUCCAAGUUUGAACAUAUUCUUUCUUACCGGGAUCAAGAUGAAGGAUGCAUGGUUUCCUUUCAUGGAUCAUCGUUCAAGCUAAAGACCAAGGGAGGAGGAACAGACUGAACGUUACCCUGGCCAUGGAGACACUCCUGUUAGUUGGCAACUGAAGCGGCCCGCUUUUCAUAAUGUCGAUGCAGAUAUUCAUUCUGCUCCUCCUCUGGGCUUCCAGGGUCACGGAGACAACGACAGACGCAUGGAGACAGUGCACAGAGUUGCUUCCCUUGGAUCUUCUGUCUUUUGUUCUGGAGAGGGACACGUCCAGAGUGGUCCCUGGGGCGCGCGUGAGGCAGUCGGCCGGGCUGAGGGGCGUCCAGUUUCUCAGCCCCGAUGCGUCUAUGAGCUUCCCCGCUUCCCAGCUCUUGGUGAACUGUGACCUUUUCCCCAAAGAGUUUUCCAUUGUUAUCACGGUGAAAGUGAAUCGCUUUGCACCCAAGCGAGACGAGUACAUCUUCUCUCUGAUGGGACCAAGUAACGUGGAGACUGUUGCACUGGAGGAGAAAGAAGACGAGCAGCGCCUGAGGAAGAAGGAAACUAAGAGUGAUGAGAAACAUGCGGGGGUCGUCCUUGGACUAAAGUUAUCUCAAAACAGUCUGCAUUUUGUUUUCAAUGGCCGUCGGAAAGCAGCAGAGCACUGGAGCUUUCAAGGCAUCCGUCUAGCUCCCAACCAGUGGCACACACUGGUUUUAGUCAUCGGUCUUCACCACAGGAAGCUGACGGUGGACUGCAACCCGCCGCUGGAAAGUGCUCCCUCCAGGGCUUUCCCUUCAGAUCUUAACAUCCAGGCAACCAGAUUCCACAUUGGCAGUCGGGGAAGAUGGAAGGGCUUGUUUUCAGGCCUGAUGCGACAGCUGGUUCUCGUGCCGAACUCAGACGCCUCCAAUCAACUCUGUCCGUCUUCUGACCCCCGGCUUGCAGCUUUGUCAGUUCCACCGCUGCUCUUAGACCUGCCUGUCAGGAGGAGGCAGAAAGAGAGACAUGACACUUCCUCUGGAGCCGCAGGACGACCGUCAGUGGGCGUGGAGAGGCCAUGUUCUGAGUUGCUGCAAGGUCAGCUGUGGUUUAAUCCUCUCAAAAAGGGCCUCUAUGUCUGUGACGGGUCAGUGUGGAUCACUGUGUUGGAGGACCAUAAAAGACUGGACUACGUUUUGGAACGGCAGGUUCUCACCACCAGCUCUGAGACGCACGAUGUAGAGGUGUUUCAGAUACAAGGCAUUGGCCUCAUGGCUGCUAUGGCCCACAGAUCCUCAGCCUCUGGUUCUGCUGUGUAUCUCUGGACCAACCUGGGUUUCCGGCUCUACCAGAACAUCAGCACUCACGGUGCUCUGUCCUGGAAGCAUUUCCAAAUAGGAAAGAAGGCAUAUCUGGUAGUGUCUAAUUCCGGGACUGAAACAAACAAGUCUGUCGACAAACAGCCUGAAUCUGACUUCUCUGUCAUUUAUAAAUGGAGCAACAGAAGAAAACGGUUUGUGCGGUUCCAGACUCUGCAGACCUACUGCGCUCGAGACUGGGAGGCUUUCAACAUUAAUGAGCAGACUUAUCUUGCUGUGGCCAAUCACAGAAUGGGAAACAACAAUCACACCAUCAACAGCGUGAUCUACAAGUGGAACAGAUCGACAAAGUCUUUUGAGGUUCACCAGACACUGAUCACAUCGGGGGCCUACGACUGGGAGUUCUUCAAAGUUGGACCGUACCACUUCCUGGUGGUUGCAAAUGCUUUCGAUGGCAUCACCACGUCUCUGGACUCGGUCAUCUACGUUUGGAUCGAUGGAAAAUUUCAAGUGUUCCAGACAAUCAAGACAUUCUGCGCCACAGACUGGGAAAUGUUCCAGAUUGGCAGCAGAGUAUUUCUGGUUGUGGCCAAUGGACACAGACUCCAGGGUAACGGACCCAGCCAGUACACCAUCAACUCAACUAUCUAUGAGCUGGACAUGAGUGGGAGGAUAUUUGUUCGCUUCCAGGAUAUUGUUACCUACAGUGCUGUGGAUUGGGAGUUCUUCAGCCUCGGGGAAGAAUAUUUCUUGGUUGUUGCUAACUCCUAUAAUGGGGAGUCCUACUCUCUCAACAGCAUUCUUUACAGGUGGCAGGGAUAUGAAGGAUUUGUUCCCGUUCAUUGGCUCCCAACCAUUGGGUGCAGUGACUGGGAGUUUUUCAGCUCUAAUGGAGAAUCCUUUCUGAUCUACUCCAGUGCCAAAGCGCCUCUCUCCAAAGUUUUCAAGCUCAAAACCUACUAGACGACAAAGUCUUUGUGUUUUCAGUUUGUGUGUGACAUAUUGUGCUCCUGUGAAUAGUUUUAUAUCUUUGUAUACUGAGAGAACUUAAAGUUUUAUAAGGACAUAAUUUAACUGUCAAAUAUUUUAAUAAAAUUAUAUUUGAAAGAACUUCACAGAGGCCUUAACCAGUAUCCUGUACCUCUUCAUACCUCACAAAUACGUGCAGUGGCUUGUUUUCUCAAUUUAUUAACACAGCCAGGAUGUGGAUGUUUUAUGUGUGACAAAUACAAUUAAAACCCCCAAAAUAUUACAACCUUGUUUUUGUAAGAGAGUUUAUAUUUGACACGAUUUCAUGCCGUGUUUGUACUUAAAAUGUGUGGCUGCUAACUCAGUGGUGUUGAAAAACAUAGGAAAAAUGAAUUAAACUUAAAUAACUAGUAUGUUAAACUUUGACGUGGAAAAGGUAAAUGUCAAGCACUGUUAGGUGAUAAUCGCUCAGUCAGGUUUAUUUUCACAAGUUCAAAAGGAGUCAAAGUCAACAGGCAGACAACAAAACAGUUUUAUACCAAGGACAUGAAAUUUUAAACAGUGGAGAGACAGUCUGGCUCCUGAGCAGCUGCAGAAAACAACGCCUAACCUUGAGUGUGUUUCCCAAGGAGGUUAAUUUGGUGAGAUUUCAAACCAAUUUAGAAUAAAGACAUAUUGUAACAUGAUCAUGAGAUGAAUGUCAUAAUGUUCUACCUUGUAAUAACAUUUCAAAGAACAACUUUAAUAACGGUAUGUUUUCCUAUAUUUAUAUGUGUUGCAACAUAUAUCAAAGAAUAUAUAUUUUUGGCAUGCAUAAAAAAUAUUUGCAAUUUAAAUUUCUACAUAUAGUUAUUGCCUGCAUGAGACAAUCUAUUGAGACAUUUAGAGACAUAAAACGUUUGUAAUAUAUUUAAGUACAGCAAACUUAAAUGUCUCAAUUGUAUAUUUUUUAUUUUUAACCUGACUUUUCUCAAAUUUUUAUAUGUUUGUG